GGCAAAGCAAUUAGCAAAUAUCCGGAAACGGACAAAUGAAAGAUGGCUUCCCAAUUGGCGGUAGAAACAAACAAAUAUCGGAGUUAAUUAAAAGUCCGUCGGAAGAUGCCACUUUUUGGUGAUCAGAGAAUGAGAGGAGUGGCUGUGUGUUUGUGAGGCCGAAGAAUAAAAGGGGCAUUUGAUUGAUGGUGGAGAUGAUGAACGAGGGUAUGGCUGAAGAUUUGGCCAUCGCCGGAGGUCUCAUCGCCGUGCAAUGUAUCGCCGCCGUCCACGCUGUGUUCAUGAGCUAUCUCAUGACUUUGGAGAUCGAUCCUCUCACCAUUGUCAUUUUCACCUGCUUCUCUACCUUCCUCGUCGUCUUCCCCUUCGCCAUCUACUUCGAAAGGAAGAAAUGGCCCCAGAAAUUCAGUUACAAGUUAAUCAUACAGAUUUUGAUGCUAUCCUUCGGAGGGGUAACUCUGUUCCAGUCCUUCUCCCUUAAAGGAAUAAAACUGACUUCGCCAACAAUGGGAACGGCCAUGCCAAACCUUGCCCCAGGUCUUAUCUUCAUCAUCGCCUGGACUCUCAGGUUAGAGAAAGUAAACGUAAGAAGCACAUAUAGUAAAGUCAAGAUCUUGGGCACCAUAAUCUGCGUCGCAGGGGCUCUCGCAAUGAGCCUAAUGCAGAGCAUAUCUCCACCUGCGCCCAAGAUAGAAACUGGGAUGAAAUUGCCAACGUUCCCACCAGAUGCUAUUUUUGAUAUGAAAAAGAUCAAAGGUUGUCUUUAUCUCGUGGCUUCUGUCGUCAUAUUAUCCAACGCCUACGUCUUGCAGGCUUUUAUUUUACGAGACUUUCCUGCACCCAUAUCCCUCAGCGCAACCAUAUCCUUACUCGGAGCUUUCAUGACUGCAAUAGCUGAGUUGCUUCAAGAUCACAGAUUGAAAACUGGUGGGCAAAAUCUCAGUGUUCCAAAACUCAUUGGCUUUACUUUUCUGGCAGGUGCGGUGCUUGGAUUAUGCUUCAGCUUCCACGGAUGGGCAGUGAAGAAGAAAGGACCAGUUUUGGUGUCCAUGUUCAGUCCCAUUUCUACAGUUUGCUCCAUCAUUUUCUCUGCCGUAACACUUGGAGAUACUAUCAAUAUCGGAAGCCUGGUGGGUAUGUUCCUGAUGUUUACGGGGCUAUACUUUGUGCUCUGGGCUAAAGGGAAAGAAGGGUUCGAUUACGGAGAUGGCUUGGAAACCGAGUUUGAUGCAGAGAAGCCUCUCCUAAGUUGAAGCGCGAGUGUUUUUGAGCGGGCGAUUACGUACAUAUUCUCAUCGUUAGAACCUUAGAGUAAGAUAGGACAAGCUACAGUAGAUUUUAGAACAAGAUAAAGGUACUGGUGUUACAAGGAUAUGCAAAAUUGCAAAUUCACAAAGAAUUUGCGUAUGAACAAGUGCUUUUGAGAGUGUGAUAGAAAAAAGUGUAAUAGAUGCUUUGAAGUUAAUUGUCUUGAUCCGAAUCUUUUUUAUUAAUCUCCUUUUUGACUUGCUGAA